UUAAUGCGCGCGCUGCUGAGAUCGGAAGUUUGUUUAUCAAUCAAAUCAACGGAUUGGUACGAACGGUUGCGGUUGUGUUCAGUUCUUGUGUAUACGCACUUGCUUCGUAAAUAACAGUGAUUUUUAUAUACAAAAUUUUAAGUCAAAAUAUCGUUUCAGCAAUUACAUACAUAAUUAAAAAUACAAGUGAUAUUUAAUUUCGUCUUAGACAAGGAAAUUGGCGGGAUUUUUUAUUUAGCAAGCGAGAGCGGCGCGUUGUGCGCUAGCGUCGUGGGUCCCGCGCCCACGGUAGCCGAGAGCGCGUUGUCCGGCGAGGUGGCGAUGGUCCAGGAGGGCGAGGGCGCGGGCGCGGGGCUGAUCGCGCCCCGUCGCCUGCCUAACCCUUGCCUCGAGAGCCCACAGCGCAUGGAUCUGCAUAGGGAGCUGCUCUUCAAUCAGAGGAUAGGCAAAAAUGUUCUUAAUCAAAAGAGCGAACUAGAAAAGGCGUUAUCAAAACACAAAGAGAAGCAGCUUAUGAACCAAAUAAAGGAGCACAGAGAAACGCCAGAAUUAGAAAGAGCCAUAGCAGAACGUGCUCGUCGUUUAGAACAAGCAGAACAGAAUGCAGAAGAAAUUGAUCCCGCGACCAACCCCACGCUGCAGGAGAUACGGGCGCGCUUGCGACACGCUGCGCCCUCUCCCGCUGCAUCCGCGCAUUGAAUACAAACUUCAUUUAUAACUAUUCAAUUUUGCAUUGCGUAGCAACCCUUAACCAUUUAUAUUAACGUGUUAAAACUAAACAUCCUUUAUAGAAUUGUAGUGCGAAAAUAACUUUAUUAACUUUGAUAGUAAUAUUUUAAAAUAUUCGUCGUGUUUUCUCGUUUAGUACGCCAUCUAUCGUGGAAUUACAAACUUUGCAUACUAGGUACCACACGCUCUUCAUAGAUGGCGAGUUAAAGUAUGUUUUAGAGAUGAUUGGUGAUACAUAAAUAUCGAUUUCGAUUAAAAUUGCGACUUAAUACGUUAUUUCGUGAUCAAGGUAUUGUAACGUUUCAAACUUUUCAUAUCAAAAAGGACAAUCAUUCUAGUCACAUACCAUGUUUACCAAGAUACUCUGGAAAUAAAAAAAAUAAUUAAGGUUAUUUUUUACCCAUAGUUCCAUACAAGGAUCUGGCAACUAAAUAAAAGCCCUUUAUUUUUAAAUAUUCAUAUAAUAUCGAUCCAAACAUUCAUAAUCACCAAUCAUCUCUAUUACAGGUUGCGGGCAGCAGUUUUUAAGAAAUGUAUUUAUAAGUUUUGUUAUUAAAGUAAAACUAAAGGAUAACAGACAAAGAUAUAAGAAUAUUGUUGGUUGAUUACAAUCGUAUCAAAAACACCACAAUAUUACAGAUGAUUUAAAAGCAAUGAUUGAAUUGCGUACUUUAAAUACAAACGCUUUGUCAUCAAAACUUUUAGGUAGGCGAUUAUUUUCUUUAAAUAAUUUGUAGGUUAGGAAAGUUAAUAUUUUUUAACGAGCAUCGAAACUAAGUCACUAAAAGUGUCACAAAAAUAUAAAAAAAACGAUUAUGCGUUUUAGUUAUUUUCGUGUGUAUCAUUAAUUUGUUUAUUAUUUUCGUUGUACCUUACACAAAGAUAUAAAUGCAUAGACAGUACGGAUCUAUAAAAUGUUAUAGUAAUUAUUUUCUCCAUAAGAAAUAAGGCAAGUAAAAAGUGCGCCUUAAUUAAGGCUUAUGAGAGAGCGAGACAAGUAUAAUUUUUAAUAACUUAUUCGUAACUUAAUGCUUCCACGUAAAGCCCUGUCUAUGCAUUUAAGUUUUUUACAUUGUAGUAUUAAGAAUGGACACGGGAGGACGGCAAAGCUAUAGUUUGUUACCAUUUUACAUUAAAUCCCAAAUCUACGUAACUAAUCGAACAAUCAUUGACUGAGGAAUCGACUGCUUGAGCUGUAAUAAUUUUAAGGGUAAGUGUCGACUUCGCAUAAGAGAAAAUAUUUUUCUAAACUUUUUAACGUCUCUGAUUCGACACUGGCGUAGUUCAUUUGUAUACCUUUACUAUGUCGUUAUUCUCCUUCAAUGUAGUUGUACUAUAUCUCAAAUAGUUUAUUAACAAUUUAAAUGAUUCGUGUAGUUUGUAUUUUAUAACAAUUACGUUAGACCAGUGUAUUUCAACCUUUUAUAUACGCGAUCCCUUAGCAUGUUAACAUUUUUCGCGUCUGCUUCAUUACCGAGACUAGAGACUUAAAAGAAGUCAAAGAUUGUUAUUCAAAGAUUAAGUACUCGCUAUUGAUUAGUGGCAGAUAGCGAAAAAAAAUGCAUUACAGUUCUUCGACGCUUUUCGAAACCCCAACAAAGGAUUCGUCAUCACCCAGGGGGUCGCGACGCUAAGGUUGGAAAACACUGCUUUAGACAGUAGUCAUGUUGGACUUUCGAGUUACAGUUUAGAUAUUUAAAGAUAAGGACUUUCAAAUUCUAUUAACAGAGUAGAAAUCUUAUGACAUUGAACAUUGACAAACAUAAUUAUGAUAUUUAGAAAAAUAUUUGAAAUCCAUAAUAAUUAUUUACUCACAGAUUUUUGAAUAUUUAAAUACCCGACUUACAAUUCUUCAUAUUUACCAAAUACAUUUAUAGUCGACCAGUAGCUACUUGAUAAUAAAGUGUUCAUGAAUGAAUAGAUGAAAAUAUUUUUAUAUAUUUAUGUAAUGUCUAUAGAUUCCCUAUUGUCUAAAAUGUAAUAAAUAUUAUAUAGAAGUUUUAAAAUAUUUCUCCGUUAUUUGUUUCUCCGUUUUGAACACGAGUCAUGUUCAAAUCUUCCGUUUUAUUUAUAGUUUCAGUGAAGUGUAAGAUAUAUUAUUUUAGACGUUUUUUGUCGAACUACUGCAAAUAACUACUACUAUUUGCAUAUUUUAUCGUAAAGAACAAAUUUUAUGGGUUGAGAUGUUGGAUAAAUUUACGCUUGUUCAUUUUCCAUAAUUUGUAUCUUGUUCAAGAUGGAAAAGCCUGUAUUCACUAACUAAUACACACCGUAGAACCGUUUGUCACCUACACAAAGAAUCUCUUAAACAUAAUCGUUUUUCUAAAACGUAGAUAUAGGGUACUCGUAAGCGACCUAACGGAUUAAAAUAUUAUCUUCCUUUCAUCGUCUUCGUGUAAAGCUUUAAAGGUUUUGUGUUAUAAAUCUUGGAUAUUAUCUAGAUUUAGAAAUUAAUUAUGUUCUUUCCGUCGUGCCUAUUUAUAUGAUGUUGUUAAUUUUCAGAGUAUUAUUUGAUAUUCAUAUAAAUAAGAAUAUAUAUAAGCAAGGUCAGAUUACUCCAAAUUAUGUACAACACCUACUGUCAAUUUAUAUCCCGAGUUAAAACAUUUAAAUAUUUAUUUAUCAAAGAAUUCGUAGAUACAAAGUUAUUUAUCAAAGAAUGUAUUACAAAAGAAUUAGUUUUAUCACAAAGAUCGAUAUGUUUACUUUCAAUGUAUUAUUUUCAAUUUAUUUCAUGUCUUACGUUACUUGAUUUAACUUUACUUAAAAUAUAAAGAAAUUCCCAGAGUUGCCAAUUAUCUUAUUUACACAAUGAUAUCUAAUUUUUUUUGUACUUUUCAUAAAUUAAAAUACGAACACCAAAUAACUUCAUGCGAUUUCUUUCUAUAAGCAAUGAACUUGAAAUUAUUGCUAAAAUAAAAAAGCGUGCAGAGUCGUUUUUCAUUAACGAAUUUUAUUGCGUUCAAAAUUUUUAUUGGCAUUUGUGGGUUGGUUAAUCCGAUCUUGCGUAUUAUCAAAAUUAUGUAUCAUUCCACUCGUUAAAUUUCACUUCUUUGUAUUUUUAUUUGAAAAUGUUUUGUAUGUAUGUUUAUAUGUUUGUAUUUAGAUAACUUAGUACAAAGAGUCAUCCCUGUAAACUUGUGUUUACGGAUUAGUCGUGGCCAUUGACUUCGAUGUUAUACGAAGAAAGUUAAAACUCUAGCAUUUUAAGUGAUUUAAUCUGCGUAAUAAAGUUGACGAUCAUAGACACUGUA